AUGCUACGAUCAUUGUGUAGUGAGAGUAGUCAGGAGCUGACAACACAGUACCUUCUCAGUGCCAGCUUCUCUGAGAUCCUCACAUCUCAGUAUAGGGUCAUGAGGACCAUAGGCAUAGGUGGCCAUUCCCAGGUGAAACUUGCCUACCAUCGCCUCACGGGGACUCCAGUUGCAGUAAAAAUACAGCAGAAGGGACAGGAAGACUCCUACAUUGCAUCUGAAGUGUCUAUAUUAAAAACAGUGUGCCACCCCUAUGUGAUCCAGCUGUUUCAGGUGAUGGAAACAGUGGAUCAAGUCUACCUCAUCAUGGAAUAUGUCAGCGGAGGGGAGCUCCACGAGCGUAUCGUACAGGCCCAGCGCCUGUGUGAGGACGAGGCCCGCAGUGUAUUCAGACAGAUCGUGUGUGCGAUCAAUUACUGUCAUGAAAGAGGCAUCGUACACAGAGACCUAAAAGCUGACAACAUCCUGCUGGAUGCCCACGGCAAUGUGAAAGUCAUCGACUUUGGCCUUGGUACCAGGUACUCGGUUGGGCAGAGGCUGAUAGAUUUGUGUGGUGCUUUUGUAUACCGAGCCCCCGAACUCUUCCUGGAACAACCCUAUGAUGGCCCCAAAGUGGACGUCUGGAGCCUGGGCGUCCUCCUCUACUUUAUGGUAACGGGAACCUUGCCCUUUACAGGGGAGACCUUUAUGCAGCUGAGGCAGGCAAUCCUGAACCCAAGGUAUGCCUUGCCAUCAUACCUUUCCAUGAGUUUGCAAAACCUGAUUAUUCUGUUGCUCACCAAAAACCCUAGCAAGAGGCCCCCUCUAGAGAACAUUAUGUGGCACCCUUGGCUAAGCCAAGGUGAACAGGAAUCACCAAGUGCUGCUGUGGAGCCUCUGCCAAAACACCUGGACCCUGCAAUACUGGUAGCCAUGUGUGACCUUGGUUACAACCUAGGUGAUGUAUGCCAAUCUCUACUGCAGAGAAAAUUUGAUGAGGCGAUGGCCACCUACUUCAUGAUGAGACAGCAGGUGUGCCAGGGAGCUAACUUAAGUGCCCACCUCAAGCCCCCCGUGCGCCCACAGAUUCUGCCCACCCCACCCCCUGCAGAUCCUUCGACCUCUGCUCCCCCACUAAGGAGGAGAGCCAGUGCACCUGCCCUUCUUCAGACCUUCACCCUGUCCUCUGAUGACAAGAAAACAGGACACAGGGGCAGAAGAACAGCCAGCCUCCCUUAUAUCCCCUCUGCAUCCUGCCAAGGAGAACCCCCACCACAGACAAAGUCCCCCAGCCUGGUCCUGAGUUUACCAUGGCCACAGCCUCUCUCCCCAGCAAUAUCCGAGGCUGGCAGAGAGUGA